UCUAGUAAUCUACCGCCCUAAUUUAUACAACUAUACUCAUUUUGGUCAUUUCAUUUCACUCCUUAAAGUGCUCAAGUCCACUCUCUCGCUUCUCUCCUCUUCUUCUAGUUUCAGAGAAAAAUCCUUCUUUCUUUCAUGGAGAUCGAUUUCAACGAAUAUCAAUUGCGCUGCGAACUCCGCGGCCACGAAGACGACGUUCGGGGGAUUUGUGUUUGUGGCAAUGUGGGAAUCGCCACCUCAUCUCGGGACAGAACGGUGAGGCUGUGGACGUUGAACCCAUCUGACGAGCGCAGGUACUCGGCGGCUAAGAUUCUGCUCGGCCACACGAGCUUUGUGGGGCCGUUGGCUUGGAUUUCCCCUGAUGACGAGUUUCCGGAGGGUGGGAUUGUGUCGGGAGGCAUGGACACGCAGGUCUUGGUCUGGGACUUGAGAACUGGAGAGAAGGUGCACACUCUGAAGGCCCACAAGUUGCAGGUCACCGGAAUUGCUGUAGAUAACGGCGACAUUGUGUCAUCGUCGGUUGAUUGCACUUUAAGACUGUGGAGAAAAGGCCAACCUGUCGAGUCCUGGGAAGCUCACAAGGCAGCAAUCCAAACAGUUGUAAAGCUGCCCUCAGGCGAGCUUGCUACAGGUUCAACUGAUACAACUAUAAAACUUUGGAAAGGAAAGACGUGCACCCAAACUUUUGCUGGGCAUACAGAUACUGUCCGAAGCUUGGCGGUGAUGUCUGAUAUGGGAAUUCUUUCUGCAUCACAUGAUGGUUAUGUUAGAUUAUGGGCUUUAACUGGUGAAGUAUUGAUGGAGAUGGUUGGUCAUACUUCUAUUGUCUAUUCAGUGGACUCACAUGUGUCUGGACUCAUACUCAGUGGUAGUGAAGAUCGAUUUGCAAAGAUAUGGAAAGAUGGGGUUUGUGUUCAGAGCAUCGAACAUCCUGGUUGUGUUUGGGAUGCCAAGUUCUUGGAAAACGGAGAUAUUGUGACGGCAUGUUCAGAUGGAGUUGUACGUAUUUGGACAGUGCAGCAGGAUAAGAUUGCUGAUCCACUUGAUGUCGAGUCAUAUGCGUCCCAACUUUCUCAAUACAAGUUGAGCAGGAAGAGAGUUGGAGGAUUAAAACUAGAAGAUUUACCAGGGUUGGAGGCUUUACAGAUUCCAGGAACUAGUGAUGGCCAGACAAAAGUUGUUAGAGAAGGGGACAAUGGUGUGGCAUAUGCAUGGAAUUUGAGAGAACACAGAUGGGAUAAGAUUGGUGAAGUUGUGGAUGGACCAGAUGAUGGCAUGAAGCGUCCUGUUCUUGAUGGAAUAGAAUAUGAUUACGUGUUUGAUGUCGACAUCGGAGAUGGUGAGCCCAUCCGUAAGUUGCCCUACAACCGAUCGGAUAAUGCAUAUGACGCUGCUGAUAAGUGGCUUCUGAAGGAGAAUCUACCUCUAUCCUACCGGCAACAAAUUGUGGAGUUCAUCCUCCAAAAUACUGGACAAAAGGACUUCGCACUUGAUCCAUCUUUUCGUGACCCAUUUACUGGCUCAAGCGCUUAUGUUCCUGGAGAAUACUCCAACAUGUCCGCUACUGCUGCAAAACCAACUUUCAAGCAUAUUCCUAAGAAAGGAAUGCUUGUUUUUGAUGUAGCUCAGUUUGAUGGGAUCCUCAAGAAGAUUACGGAGUUUAACAAUGCUCUGCUCUCUGAUCAGGAAAAGAAGCACUUGGCUUUUUCAGACCUUGAGAUUUCCAGACUGGGUGCUUUAGUUAAUGUUUUGAAGGACACAUCACAUUACCACUCUAGUAAAUUUGCAGACACUGAUGUUGCUGUGUUGCUGAGAUUGCUAAAAACAUGGCCAAUUACAAUGAUAUUUCCAGUUAUUGAUACUCUCAGGAUGCUCAUCCUGCACCCAGAUGGGGCCAAUGUACUUCUCCAGCAUGUUGAAGCUGAAAAUGAUAUUUUAAUGGAAAUAAUUAAAAAGGUCUCCGAGAACCCUUCACUUCCUGCAAAUCUCUUGACAAGCAUUCGUCUCUUCUCCAAUCUAUUCAAGAAUUCUUGCUAUUUCAACUGGUUGCAGAGACAUCGCAUUGAGGUUCUUGACGCAUUCUCUAGUUGUUAUUCUUCUCCAAAUAAGAAUUUUCAAUUAUCGUAUUCAACCUUGAUACUGAAUUAUGCUGUGCUGUUGAUUGAAAAGAAAGAUCUAGAAGGCCAGUCUCAAGUUCUUUCAGCAGCGCUUGAGAUUGCGGAGGAGCAAAAUUUAGAAGUUGAUUCAAAAUUCCGGGCUUUAGUUGCAACUGGAUCACUGAUGCUUGAUGGUCUCGUUAAAAGAAUAGCUUUAGAUUUUGACGUAGCAAACAUCGCUAAAGCAGCAAAGGCUUCCAAAGACAGCAAGGUUUCCGAAGUCGGAGCUGACAUCGAACUCUUAACUAAAACAAGUUAAAAUUCUGGUUUUUGCACAAUAUUCAACAGAAAGAAGACAUUUAGGAAAUCAACGCAACAAGAAAUGUGUUUUUGUGAUUUCAUACAGAUGACAAAGGAUUUUCAUUGGUUGAAGAGUUUGCCAGGGAUUAUGAAAAGGCAGUCUAGCAAGAUUUAGAAUAGACAAGAUCAAGUUUGUUUACCUGCAAAAAACUAUUUAUAUUUAUUUUUGCUUCGACAGCUACUUUUAGAUAAGAGGAAAAAAAAAGCGAAACUAUUGGUGCCAAGAAAUAUCACUCUUUUGAUAUCCACCUGGCAUAAAUUAACCUGCAGAAGAAUUAUCUUAGUGCCCUUGAUUCGACAUGAAUCCGAAUGAUCCGAUACAUCACUAGUGUAAAGACUAUGAUAAGCAUGAAAACUCAAGUAACUUGCUUCGACUAAACCAAGAGUAAUAAGGGUAGAAAGUAACAUACUCAGAUAACUCCAUGUGGUAUGCGGGAUUGCCCUGUAUGGUCCGACCAUCGGAUU